CGUUCGGUUGCCCGCCUUAGCUUCUUUCCUUGCCCGUAAUGUUUCUGCUUACCUUCAUGUCAGUUAGGUGCCGCCUUGUCUUCGCUCGCUCACUCGCUCUCCAUUUAUUCUCUCUUUCCACGUAACUCUCUCUACAGUCGUUUCUUAGUCUUCUCACACCCUUACACCUGGACUUCAAUUGUUUUGUUCCAUUAAAACCAUGGUGUGACACUAUUUACUGCAGCUCCACUGUCCCAUUCCUCUGCUCUGGAAGCAGCAGAGUUUCAAGAAUUUCCGAAAUAAAAUCUUUCAUGGUGAAUUGUAGGGUAAUUUGAUUUUGUUGUUGGGAUUAUAAAUUAAAAAAGGAUGGCUUACCAGAGGAGGGGAUCGGACCUCCAACCGCAGAGGCGUAUUCUGCGGACACAGACUGCUGGUAAUCUAGGGGAGUCUAUGAUGGACAGUGAGGUGGUUCCAUCAUCACUGGUAGAGAUUGCACCAAUUCUACGUGUUGCCAAUGAGGUCGAGCCAACUAAUCCCAGGGUCGCUUAUCUCUGUCGGUUUUAUGCCUUUGAGAAAGCUCACCGUUUGGAUCCAACAUCAAGUGGACGAGGAGUCCGUCAGUUCAAAACAGCCCUGCUUCAACGUUUGGAAAGGGAAAAUGAUACAACAUUAGCUGGAAGGACAAAGAGUGAUGCUCGAGAAAUGCAGAGUUUCUAUCAGCACUACUACAGGAAGUAUAUUCAGGCGUUGCAUGCUGCUGAUAAAGCUGAUCGUGCUCGACUCACAAAAGCAUACCAAACUGCUGCUGUACUUUUUGAGGUCUUGAAGGCCGUUAAUUUGACAGAAGCAGUUGAAGUGGCUGAUGAGAUUUUGGAAGCUCACACAAAGGUUACAGAGAAGACAGCAAUUUAUGUCCCUUAUAAUAUACUACCCCUGGAUCCUGACAGUGCAAGUCAAGCAAUUAUGGGAUAUCCUGAGAUUCAAGCUUCAGUUUCCGCACUUCGUAAUAUUAGAGGACUACCAUGGCCUAAGGGUCAUAAGAAAAAAGUUGAUGAGGAUAUUUUAGAUUGGCUUCAGGUUAUGUUUGGUUUUCAGAAGCAUAAUGUAUCAAAUCAGCGGGAACACUUAAUCUUGUUGCUGGCAAAUGUGCACAUUCGUCAAUUUCCAAAGCCUGAUCAGCAGCCCAAAUUGGAUGACGAGGCACUUACAGAAGUUAUGAAAAAGCUCUUCAAAAACUACAAGAAAUGGUGCAAGUAUCUUGGUCGCAAGAGUAGUCUUUGGUUGCCGACAAUCCAACAAGAAGUGCAGCAAAGGAAGCUGUUAUACAUGGGCUUAUAUCUUCUUAUCUGGGGGGAGGCUGCAAAUUUACGAUUUAUGCCAGAAUGCCUCUGUUAUAUCUACCAUCAUAUGGCCUUUGAACUUUAUGGUCUGCUUGCUGGAAGUGUUAGUCCUACAACAGGUGAGACUAUUAAGCCUGCCUAUGGUGGUGAUGAAGAGGCUUUCCUGAAGAAAGUCGUAACUCCAAUUUAUAACACUAUAGCUGGGGAAGCUAAAAGGAGCAAAGAUGGAAAAUCAAAGCAUGCUCAAUGGAGAAACUACGAUGAUUUAAAUGAGUACUUCUGGUCAGAAAAUUGUUUCAGGCUCGGAUGGCCAAUGCGUGCUGAUUCCGACUUCUUCUGUAUUCCUGGUGAAAGGCAUCGCAGUGACAAGACUGAGGAAAGUGAACGAAGUACAGGGGAUCGAUGGAUGGGAAAAAUUAAUUUUGUUGAGAUACGCUCGUUUUGGCACAUAUUUAGGAGUUUUGAUAGGAUGUGGAGCUUUUUUAUUUUGUGCUUGCAGGCUAUGAUCAUCGUUGCUUGGAAUGGCUCAGGCGAUCUUGGUUCUGUAUUUGAGGCAAAUGUAUUCAAGAAAGUCUUGAGCAUUUUCAUAACUGCUGCAAUACUGAAACUUAUCCAAGCUGUUGUGGAUGUAAUUAUGAGUUGGAAAGCAUGGCACAACAUGUCUCCACAUGUGAAGCUAAGAUAUGUAUUAAAGGUGGUUUCUGCAGCUGCUUGGGUGAUUGUUUUGCCAGUCACUUAUGCAUAUAGUUGGAAAAACACUGCUGGAAUUGCGAUGACCAUUAGGAAUUGGUUUGGAAAUGGUGCAAGUUCCCCUUCUUUCUUUAUUAUUGCAAGUCUGAUAUAUUUGUCUCCCAACAUGCUCUCUGGAUUAUUGUUUCUGUUUCCCUUCAUCCGCCGGUAUCUUGAGAAGUCGGAUUAUAAAAUCUUCAGGCUCAUUAUGUGGUGGUCUCAGCCUCGACUCUUUGUUGGCAGGGGGAUGCAAGAGAGUACAUUUUCUCUUUUCAAAUACACUCUAUUUUGGGUUCUCCUAUUAGCAGCCAAGCUGGCAUUCAGUUUCUUUAUAGAGAUAAAGCCUCUCGUAAAUCCAACAAAAGAAAUAAUGAAGGUUCACAUAUCACGUUAUGCAUGGCAUGAGUUCUUCCCUCGAGCAAAUAAAAAUAUAGGAGUGGUGAUUGCACUCUGGGCUCCUAUCAUUCUAGUCUAUUUCAUGGAUAUACAGAUCUGGUAUGCUAUUUUCUCCACAAUAUUUGGCGGCAUAUAUGGAGCUUUUCGGCGUCUAGGAGAGAUAAGAACCUUAGGAAUGCUGAGGUCUCGCUUCCAGUCAUUGCCUGGUGCUUUUAAUGCCUGCUUAAUUCCUGUGGAGAAGGGUAAAAAACCUAAGAAGGGACUGAAGGCAACAUUUUCUCGGAAAUUUGAUGAGGUUCAUAUUAGUAAAAUAACUUGCUAUACUAUGUCAGAUUUGCUGUUAUUGCUUCCCCCUCCUCUUUGCUUGAUCCGAUGA